AUGGAGUUCUUGUUCUUGGUCCUCCUAUGCUUGUUGGUGGCAACAUCGGAGCUUAUCGCUCGCAUCCAUGGCCAGGUCGAUUCUCUGGGUUUCAUCAGCAUCGACUGCGUCAUCGCCGCCAACACGUCCUACUCCGACCAGUCGACCCGCGGCCUGCGCUACGUCUCCGACGCCGGCUUCGUCGACGCCGGCGACGGGCUCAACGCCUUGGUGCGGCCGCCGUACGACGACCCGGACAUGGCGGAGCGCUACCGCACCGUCCGCUACUUCCCCGGCGGCGGCGCCGGCGCGCGCAGCUGCUACACACUCCGGCCGGUCACGCCGGGCGGCAAGUACCUCGUCAGGACCGCCUACUGCUACGACAACUACGACGGCCUGAACGAGCUCCCCGUCUUUGACAUCCACCUGGGCGUCAACCACUGGGCUACCAUCAACGUCACCGCAGUCGACGACAAGUACAUCCACGAGGCGGUGGUGGUGUCGCAGGCCGACUUCCUGCAGGUGUGUCUGGUGAACAGAGGACUAGGCACACCGUUUAUCUCUGGGCUUGAUCUGCGCCCACUCAAGGAAACCAUGUACCCGGAGGCCACCAUCAACCAGUCCCUGCUUAUGCUGAGCCUUUCCCGGCCAUCAACCACAUUCGUAUUCAACCGGUACCAGUUCUGGCCGUCCGCCUAUCAAGUUUACAGGUACCCUUUUGAUCUAUAUGACCGCCUCUGGCAGACAUAUGGUGAUAUCACCAGCUGGACUAACAUAACAACCUCAAUCAGCGUUGAUGUCUCAAGGAUCACCAGCUUCGACAAGCCAACGAUGAUACUGGAGAGUGCCUCCACUCCGGUGAACGCAACCCAGAUGGACUUCACAUGGAGCUCAGAUCCCUCCAUAAACAGUGAUGACACACCGUACCUUUUGAUGCUCUACUUUGCAGAGCUGCAGAGGGUGCCAAGCAAUGCCCUGAGAAGCAGCCUGAUAAAUCAAAUUGAAAUCUCCGCCUAA